AGAAUUUAUUUGAGAGUCAUCAUUUGAGCCUAAAAUGAUUCGUACAAUGAAAGUAUUCAGUUUCUUAAUAAUUUUAAUUAUUUCGAUAAUUCUGUCAUUAACGAGUGAGUCUGAAGCAUGUGUAGGGAAAAAUUGGUUUUGUGAUUGGAUGACAAACAGAAAUAAUAGUAGAGAAACUACUACAACUUUUUCUACUUCAGUUACGGAAGAUGAAAAAAUGCAGGCAAUUCGUAAUAUUUCAUCCAGUAUUAAUCAAUUUUCCAUUGAAUUACAUCAGGCUAUGGCAAAAAAAACAAAUGGAAGUUUUAUCUCAUCGCUAUUAAGUGCAUUAAUGGUACUUAUGAUGGCAGCUUACGGUGCACGUGAUAAAAAUGCCGAAGAAAUGAAUUCUAUGUUACAUUUCGAUACUAAUAAUAAUACGUACAAAACAGGCAUAUAUUCAUUGAUUGAAAUGUUUGAUGCACUCAAUCCAAUAAGAUUUAAAUUGGCAAAUAAAAUUUUCGCUGGGAGAAAUCGAGAAAUUAAAUCAGACUUUAUGAGCUUAGUUAGAGAAACAUUCAAAUCGUCAAUUGAAAAUGUUGAUUUUGGACGUUCUGAAGAUACGACGGCGAAAAUAAAUAAUUGGCGUGCAGAAAAAAAUUAUCAGCGUAUUAGAAAUAUUGUUGAGUCUGAUGAAAUUAGUGCCGAUACUGAAUUUUUCUUCAUGAAUUCGAUAUAUUUUUCGGCAUUAUGGAAAACGGCCUUUAAUGAAUCAGAUACUAAACCAAGAAAGUUUAAAAUCACUAAGGAAAAAACCAUAGAACGACCGAUAAUGAAAAGAAGCAAAGAUUAUGUUUAUCUUACAGAAUUUAGUUUGUUUGUUGUACCAUUCGAUUUCAAGAGAGAUUCCAAUAAUGAUGAAUCAAUGAGAUUAAUUACGCUGUAUCCUUAAGAACGUAACAUUGAGGAUAUUGAACGAAACCUUAAUUAUAUUCAACAAAAUUUACAUCCAUCGAAUUUCGCUGAUCUUAAUGAUGAUGGACCGGACCGUUAUAAUCUACUCAUUCCAAAAUUCAGAAUUGAAAGUACAAUCAAUUUGGAGGAUAUGCUCAAUCAAGUAGGAAUGAAGACUGCAUUCCAACAAUUACAUAACUUUUCCGGGAUCUCAAAACAAGGUUCCGGACUAAAAAUGAACAAAGUAGUUCAAAAAUUUUCAUUAGAAAUUAACGAAUUAGGCAUCGAAGCUGCAAUUCACAGUGAAGCUUCUUUAGCCAAUAAAAAAGGAAAUAGUGGUUCACCAUCAAACCAACCUCAAAUUUUAAAUUACAGGCCGUUCGUCUUUUAUGCUACAUAUAAUAACACUAUUCUUUUUACUGGACGUGUUAUCGAUGGGA